UUACCCCUUACCAUUACAGAGUCAGUUCGCCCCCGUCCAUCCUGCCGACAUCACUACCUGGCGAAUGUCUACAGCACAUCGGUACUGCCAAUUCAAGAAAAUGUCGACGUUUCCAACAUCGUCUGUCAAAUGCCUUCAACCGACGCCGACAAUGCCUUCGUGACCACCGAAGUUCACUCUGGCUUGGCGCGGCUCCACCGAGUCACCGACAGUCGCAGUGUCAAUUUCCAAAUAAUGGAUUUGCCAAUGUUACGCGAUCUGGUACGAUCGUCGGAUUGCGAACAGAUGAUAACUGUCACAUGGGAACGCCCACCUCCGGAUGACAGAAGGUGCGUUUUUGGCCUCCUGGAUCCACCAGUUCAAGUUUCUGAAGGAAAGCUCAGGGUAACACGAGAGCGGAAUAUUCGCGUUCUCAAUCACAUGGCCGGUGUGCGCCAUAUUUUGCCGCAAAACUGGAACAGCGACAUUUUGGCCACAGUGACUGCCUCUCCUCUCUAUUGUAAGCAGAAGGUUCUUCUCCAGCCAGAGUGCUUAUUCCGAUCUCAGAUCCUUGUGAGUCUCAAACCGAGCACAUCGUGGACGUGGGAGUUCGCCUUUCGGACUCAUCGAUCUAAUCUCUUUACCCUCCAUACUACCAACUCAGACACCCUCCAAGUCCGCCUAGAUCAAGACUUCUUCUUGCGUACCGAUUCAUCGGAUGGGCCAAUCCCUGUGGGUCAGCUGUCUGACGGGCGAUGGCACACGGUCACCAUCUAUUCCAAGGAGGGCGACGUCUUUUUCACGGUAGACGACUCUGAGAAGAUUCGCUUGACAGAGCUGGAUCUCCACGAAUCGAGGCUGUCUGCUGUAGAGGUCGAAUUGGAUGGUGACAUUCUGCUCAUCGAUCCAUCGGAUACUUCAGAAAACUGCGAAGUGAAUGGACGAAGAAAACCUUACGGGCACUCCCAGUUCAGGCCGUCAUGCAGUGGCUGUGAAUGCAAAAUCCUCUCGGGGGUUUUCCAAGACUUCCCUUCUUUCACCUGCCCACACAGAGAGGAUGAAGCAUACCAUCUUAUUCGAGACCCUGAUCGCCUCUCAUUCUUCUAUCACCCCUCUCCGUCGAAAGAAAACCUUCGACUUGGACUCAGCUACAAGAGGUUUGGGAACGACCGCUGGACACGUGUGGCAUUUUUCAAUUACGGUAGCGAGAUGUCGCUGGUGGUGGACAGGGACGCUUGCGUCCUUCGUGAGCUCAACGGACAAGACGGGUUAAGCCUGGCCGAGGUCUACUCGAUUCCGGCCUUGGCCACGGGAAGUGCGCUGUUCAUCGGUGGCAUGUAUUACGAGAAGAAGAAAUCUGGGGUCUAUCUGCCAAGUUUCGAGCACAAAUUCUUUGAGAAUACCCGGGAGAAAGUGCCGUCGCUACGGGGAUGCUUGAAAGACGUCUACAUUGACGGCGAUCGCACCGAUCUCUCCACCAUCUUCAGUCGCCAGAUGCAGCACACUUUGAUCGAUGCAGGAGACGAAAGCGCCUAUGCUGUC